AUGAAGCGAAGCGUUUUAUUAGUUCUGCUUGGAGCAACAUGCACCACCGCAUUCUUAUUCCCAUCCGUUAGUCCAUCUGGCGGAGGUGGAUGUGGAUGCGGAGGAGGCUGCGCUCCUCCUCCACCACCACCAUCAUGUGGCGGAGGAUGUGCACCACCACCUGCGCCAUCAUGUGGCGGAGGAUGUGGAGGUGGUGGAGGAUGUGGAGGAGGAUGUGCACCACCUCCACCGCCUCCAGCUCCUUGCGGAGGAGGAUGCGGAGGAGGAGGAGGCGGAGGAUGCGGAGGAGGAUGCGGUGGAGGUUGCGCUCCCCCACCACCACCGCCAUCAUGCGGAGGAGGCUGCGGAGGUGGAGGAGGCGGAGGAUGUGGAGGAGGCUGUGGUGGAGGUGGAGGAGGUUGCGGAGGUGGUUGCGCGCCACCACCACCACCACCAUCGUGCGGAGGAGGAUGCGGAGGCGGAGGAGGAGGAGGAUGUGGAGGAGGCUGUGGUGGAGGUGGAGGAGGCUGUGGUGGAGGUGGAGGAGGCUGCGGAGGAGGUUGCGCGCCACCACCACCACCACCAUCGUGCGGUGGAGGAUGCGGAGGCGGAGGAGGAGGAGGAUGCGGUGGAUGCCGCACGAAGAGGGAGGCUGAGAAUGUUGUUUCUCACACUGAUGACCAGAAGUGCAACAGCGAAGAAUUGAGAUUGAUCCUUCAAGAGAACGUCAAGGAAAAUGUGAAAGAUUCGAUUGAAGCUAUCCGCGCCAAGCUCAGCAGCGAAGAUGUGGUGGUUACGUGCAACGAGAAGCCAACUUCAUUCAACGCCGAUGCUGAUGAUUUCUGUACUCUUCAAAAGUCUGAUGUUCACUGCACAAUCCUCAGAAUCAACGUGAAAAAUGUCGAUACGAAGAAAACCGAUGAUGUGGAGGAGAAGACCGAUGAAGUUGAGGAGAAGAGCAAGGAUCUCGAGCCGGUAAAAGAAGAGCAAGAGACCAAAAAGAACUAG